AUGGAAGCUAAACUGGAGGCAGAACUUCAGCUUCUAAAGCUUGCACGAGGAAGGACGAAAUCUGUCGUGGAGAAGGGAAAUAUCGAGAAGAUCACUCGACAUAAAGAAACUCUGGGAAAGAUUGUGGCAUCUAUAGAAGACUUGAAGCUAGACAUCGAGAAAGGUAAGCUUGAAGCGGGAAAAGGCAUUGACGAAGUUGAUGAAUGGGGAAAAAUUAUCGAGCAAACGAUUGAUGAUGUAGAUAAAGAAGUAGAAGAUUUAAAUCGUCAUCUCGAAGAAGCUGGGGCAAAAGCAAUAAACAAAAAACGGGAAGAGGAAGAGGCUCUUCUAGCCAAAAGGAGGGAGGAUGAACUGAACUUUGAAAACCUUAAACUUGAGCAAAAAUCAAAAAUGCAGUUGCCCGAUCAGUCCGCCGAAAAACCCCUAAGUAAGGGAAAUGUCAAAAUGCCAAAGCUGGUAAUUACGAAAUAUGACGGUACCUACGAAAAGUGGCUUUCCUUUUGGAACAAGUUCAAAGCGGAAAUCGAUGCAGCCGAUAUUCCCCCGGUUACUAAAUUUGCUCACCUCAAAGAAUUACUGGAAAGUGAUGUUUGUGAAUCAAUCGAUGGCCUCCCAUUUAGUCCUGAAGGUUAUGUACGUGCUAAAAAUAUCUUGAAGUCCAAUUAUGGCAAGACAAGCGAGAUUGUGAGAGCGUAUAUUGAUAACAUCAAUGGUUUACCUGUGGUGACCGGAUGCAUCCCUAAUGAAAUUCAUAAAUUUUGUCAGACUUUGAACUACAAUGUUCAAUCAUUAGAGACCCUAGGUAAACUUUCUGGGUGUUUAUUUAUGGUGCGUGGCGUCCUAGACAAAUUGCCAGACAUAAAGGCAGACCUCGUGAGCGGAAAACCGGGAUGGCAAGAUUGGGGUUUCGGGGACCUUAUGCAGGCUUUAGAAGAAUGGAAAGCCAUUCAUCCGAUGGAAACUCUGGGGGUAGAAAAGGCAAACGAAACGUCUCCGACUCCGCCGAUUUAUCACCCGCCGCGUCCGCCGCGUCCGCCGCGUCCCCCACGUUUGCCUCGUGACAGAAGUUUCUACGCGCGACAGGGCGAACCCAACCCACGACACGCGUGUGUCUACUGCGAUCGCGUGACACACAGAUCUUGGGAGUGUGAGAACGUGACAUCUCCAGCGGAGCGCCGUCGCAUUCUACAAAACAAACGCUUGUGCUUCAACUGCACUGGGCCUCAACACAGCGCUUCACAAUGCCGAAGCCGCGCAUCUUGCGUACACUGCAUACAAAGGCACCACUCAUCUAUUUGCGACCGACCGUCGGCAACUGGACGCCAAAGAGCGAACAACGGCGGAGUGGCUCUAACUGCAACUCAAGAAGGAGAGAAAGUCUGCCAUCCAAUCGUACUUGUCAAGUUGAAUGGCGUGACCUGUAGAGCCCUACUGGACACCGGUGCGACUGCGUCUUAUGCUUCAGGAUACAUCUUGGAUCGUCUAAACCUCGUACCAGCUCGCACUCUAACACGCCGUAUACAAACUAUCGUGGGCAUAGUGACUAAGCGGACAGAAACUUACAAUACGCAAGUGAGUGACACUAAAGGAAACAAUGCAAUUUCAUAA